UUGCCUCCGCGCCAGAGCUUUUUGACAAAUAAGGACCGCCCGCAUGAAUGGUUUCGGCUCUCUGCAGGUCCUCACUCCGCUCCCCCCAUCUUUUCCUCCCAGUACUGACAAAACUCACUUUUUUAAACCAAGCGGACCCGCCAACAAAUGGGAGCCUCAAGUUCAGCCAUCCAACCAAAACCUGGCCCGGACCAAGUCAUCAGCAAAUACUUCUCCGCGUUACCUCCUCCCCUCUCUAUCCCAACCACAUGAUAGCAUGCUGAAGAGUAGCUGCCAUGGUUACCAAGUAAACAGCUUCUUGUUUGAGCUGUUGAGUGAAGCAGGAACUGUUAUGAGAGUUUUUCUUUCUAGGCUUGGGUUUUGAAUCAGCAUCCUAGGAACACUGAGCUGGCAUCAUUUCUCAGAGAUCCCAGACCUAUCCUGUUCUUUAGUGACAACGACUAUUGCUUGUUGAUUCUAUUGCUUCAUAGGAUCAGAAGCGUAGUAGUCUGCCUGCUGUCUGCUACUUGGAAGACACUCUAUAGGAUCUGCAGUGAGUUCUGCCAUGACCACCAAUAUCCUACCCAGCACCGUCCAGGGUGGCAAGAGCAGGAAACACAACAUUAUCAUCAAUAUGGGUGCAAAAGACAAAGAAGUGACAAAGAAGGCAACAUCAUCAUCAUCUUCGAUUAGGCGAAUGAGUUACACCAGCACUAUGCAAGCUAGCAAAGUGGGAACGGUGCCUCGAAGGAGCAUUCUGACUUCAGAUGGGAAGAAUGUGGACAAGGCAUCAUUUGCAAGCAGCAAACAUUUUGUCCAGGUUUUAGAUGAGCAAGGAAAAGAUGUGACACCUCGUCCCCUUUACUGCCCAGAAGCAGGUUCUGUCUCACAAAGACAAAGCAAAAUCUUAUCAGCGCAUGAUUUUGUUGGGGUGACUCAAACAGACUUCUUAUCUUCCUUCUCUGUACAUCAACCAUCUGGAACUAGUAUUAGCUUAGCAGGACCAUUCUCCAGGACUUAUGGUAGUAUCAGUUUUACUAAGUCAACCACUUCUACAGAAUCAUUGGCAGAAGAAAUAGUAGAACCUGGAUCUAGACGAGAAACAAUUAGUAGUUUAUUAGAUGUUCAAGUCAGGCGAGAGGAAAUGCAGGAACCAGUGGCAAAAGAAGAACUGGAAAAGGUUGUUGAUAUUUAUCUCACAGAGACGGAAACCAUUUGGAUAUUUGACAUGCCAACUAUCAUGGUAUCUUCAGAAGCUGAAGAAGCUGACAAAGCAAGGAAACGGAAUGUAGCUUAUGGGGAACUGUGUAAAAACAGAGUUGGCAAUGACCGCUAUGUUGACAGAAUGAUGCAAACACUGAAUGGAGCACCGAAGACUAAAGAGGUGCAGUGUGACAAAAUUAGCACGGCUGACAAAGAGAUAAUGGCUACCAACUGGGAUUUAUAUGACUCCUUUAAUGCUUUGGAGGUAGCAGUUGCAGAAAAAACUAGCAUACCUGUGACUAGCAGUAAAUCAGCUAUAAAAGAACAUGAUAAAACCACGUCCUCAUCUUGCAAUGACAAAGCCAGCCUCACAUCGAGCUCUAUCAUGGAUCUUGAAAGUGUAAUUCUCUCCCGGAUACAUGAAGAGGAAGAGGACCGCUCAGAAGCUAUAUUGAAAUCUGAAAAAUUUUAUCAAGAUUUAUUUUAUAUGGAGAGAGUUCUAAUGGAGAACAUCUUUCAGCCUAAGCUUGCAGCUUAUCGGCAGCUUCCUGUCUUCAUAGAGCCAGUUGUCAAAUCUGUAUCUGCUAUACUUGGCUCUGAUGAUGAAUCAGACAAGGAAGAAAUGGUGGAAGAGAAGGAACCCUCAGUUUCUUCCUCACUGUUCCUAGAACUAGGUGAAGCAGCAAAGGAGAUCCCACCUCCUUUUCUAGAGCCCUUGUGGCCUUAUGGAUGUUAUCUGACUAAAAACAAUGAUGUCACCUGUAUGGCUUGGAACAAACUGAAUCCUGACCUUUUGGCAGUUGGUUAUGGGACAUUCCGUUUUAAAGAGCAGAAGAUAGGCUUGGCUUGUUGCUGGUCCCUGAAGAAUCCAACGUGGCCAGAGCGCAUCUUUAAGUGCAGUUAUGGGGUAACUGCCUUGGAUUUUUCUGUCGCUAAUCCAAACCUCCUAGCAGUUGGGAUGUUCAAUGGGACAAUUGCAAUCUACAAUAUUCAGGGCCAUCUUUCUACUUCAGUUUUAGAUACCAGUGAAUCUUUUGACAAACACUUAGGCCCUGUGUGGCAGCUGAAGUGGGUGGAACAGGAUAGGGGUACUACAGGAGAAGACAAAGGAGAGAUAUUAGUGUCCAUAUCAGCAGAUGGCAGAGUCACUAAAUGGUUUAUUCGAAAAGGUCUAGGUUCCACAGACCUAAUGAAACUAAAGCGAACAGCAAGUGAAAAGAAAAAAGCAGGAGCAGAAAAGAAAAGUGAAGCAUUGAUAUCUCGGCAAGCUCCUGGAUUGUGCUUUGACUUCCAUCCAACAGACACCAAUAUAUAUCUUGCUGGAACUGAAGAAGGCUAUAUUCACAAAUGUUCUUGCUCUUACAAUGAGCAGUACCUGGAGACUUAUAGAGGCCACAAAGGUCCAGUGUACAAGAUAGCUUGGAAUCCAUUCAGAACCGAAGUUUUUCUAAGUUGCUCUGCUGACUGGAGUAUUAUGUUGUGGCGCCAAGAUUCCACUCGCCCCAUUUUAACUUUCAGUUCCACAGCAAAUGUUAUUUAUGACAUCAUGUGGUCUCCCAAUUCGGCAUUUGUGUUUGCAGCAGUGAAUGAAAUUAGAGUAGAAAUCUGGGAUCUUAGCGUCAGCUCACUGGAUCCCCUGAUUGUGAAUCCUGCCAUUGGACAUUUAAAAUUCACCUCUGUACUUUUUUCUAAGAAUGUAGACUGUGUUCUGAUUGGGGACAAUGAUGGAUUAGUCACUGUAUAUGCGCUAAGAAAUAUGAUCACCUCAGACAGCAAGAAGAUGGAUACUUUGCCCGAUAUCAUUGGCUCAAUACUGGUCACUCAGUAAUUUUCAUUUAUGUUAAUACUCAAUUAAACAAAGGAAUUUAUACUUAAUAGCCAACAUUUACUUACAAUCCGCUGAAAUAUGUAAUAAUUGUAUAAUUAAAUGUUUAU